UUUAUCAACGUCAUGGAAAAAAAUUCCGUGUUGUAUUGUAUGUAGUAUGAUCAUAAUUAAUUGAAUGUUUAGCUAAUUUGUGCGUUCAACUUAUAUUGUCUCGUAAUGUUGUAUGAUAGUGAAUAAAUAACUCGAUUGAUAUAAGACAAAUUUCAAUUUUAAAAUGAAAAAGAAAAAAAUACAGGAUGAAAUUUACGAAUACAUAAUGUAAUGUGAUUUCAGAUUAAUAAAACGCGAAAACUGCCAUGCAAACCGGUAAACGAGCCAUUAUUUAUAAAGUUGCAAGAUUUACGUAAGCUGUAUGUUGCGGAAAAGAAGAAAAGUGAGCAACUAGAAGCUGCUUUAGAGUCGGCCAAGAUUAAAAUAAAAGACUUGAAAGCGAUGAAUAAUGAAAUGACGGGGCUAAAUAUGGAAUUGCAGAAAACUGUUAUCAGUUAUGUGAAACAAUUGACGGAUGGUAAAAAUAAUACGAUACCUAUAAAGCCACAUGAAAACAUAAUGAAAGAUGUUCCGGCGGUGAGUUAUGAUACAUAAACAUGAUAAGAAAGUGAGAUAAUUCUUUAUCUCGAAAAACAACUUUUACACCUUAUUUCACCUUAACCUAAUUAUUUUAAUAAUUAUUUUAAUAAUAUAAGCUUCUUGGAUUUGUUCUACAAUUCCCACAGUUGUUGCACAGAUCUAAGUAAUAUUUUAUGCAUCACAUCAACUGAAUACCUCCAAAUGUUAUCAAAAAAGACCAGAUCAGUUGCGAGAAUUGAUAAACCUUUCACUCUAGGUAUACGCUGUUGGAAAUUGAUAGCCUCUUGCAUAUCCAUAAGAUAACUUUCAUUCGUUCGUAACUAAUUUUCAUGUUUAGAGAGGAGAUAACGAACUGCGCUUGAGAUCCAGGAAUAUAGCACCAGCUACAUCAAAGCCUUCCAACUCGCGCACGGCGUGCGAUUUACUUCCUGAAAUCCCCCUGCCUCUCGAACGCUCGUGGUUUACCCCCUCCAUAUGGCUCAGUCUCCUACCCGAGACCCAUGGCGCAGGCGUCGCGUAGGAGAUUGAGCCAUAUGGAGGGGGUUACGCACGAGCGGACGAGAUGGAAAGGCCUGUGCUACUGAGGCUGUGUUCCGAUAUUAACUGCCAGUACUGAAAAUGUAUAGUAUAGGUGACAUGAACUAUAAAUUUUCAGUACUGCCAGUAAAAACGGAACACAGCCUAUGAUGCAAAGCGAGCCGUCGCUGAAAGAUAAAACAGAGGAGAAUACGCGCGUUAGCUCAGCUACAUAUUUUGGCAAAAAAAACAUUUCAAAAAUUAAAAUAAAAUAUUAAAAUUUAUUUGGCAAAAAUUUAAAUGGCAAAAAGAGUUAAAAAUAAGCAAUUGCAGCUAACAGAAUGGGAAAAUGAUUAUUUUUUUAUUCUUAAUAAUCACGACCAACCACAGUGUCUCAUUUGUUCCAAAAUUUUGUCACGUGCAGAAAUGUUCCAUAUUAAGAGACACUAUAAUCUUUGUCACAAAAUAAAAUAUGAAAAUUAUAAUAACGAAAAAAAAUUAAAAUUAAUACAAGAAUUAAAAUUUAAACAUACAACAUCGCAAAAGCACGUUGAUACAGAUAAAAAUAUAAAUUUAUCAAAACAAUCUCUAACUGCUUCUUAUGCCAUUGCUCUACUUGUAGCUCGCGAAAAAAAAAGUUUCUCUACUGAAAAUGUCAUAAAAAAAGGAGCCAUAGAAAUGGCAAAAGCGUUUAAUCUUCAUGAAACUGUACAAUACUUUAACACCGUAUCUUUAUCGCCACAAACAGUUUCAAGAAGAAUCCAUGAUAUUGGCAAUUAUCUUGAAGAAAAAUUAAAAAACUUGUUAACGACGUGUAAAUACUAUUCCCUUUGUUUGGACGAGAGCACUGAUAAUUCUGACGUAAGUCAGCUUUCAAUAUUUGUACGAAUUAUUCAGCACGAUUUCUCUAUUCAUGAAGAUUUGUUAACUUUAGUUCCACUACACGAUACGACAAAAGGAAUCGAUAUUUAUAAUGCAUUAAAAGAACAAGUAAAAAAAUUUGUUGAUUCUUUUGAUAAAUGUUCUGCUAUUGUUACUGACGGAGCACCAGCAAUGAUUGGAUCCAAAACUGGUCUAAAGGGAUUACUUUUGGAAAAUGAUGUAAAAUGUUUAAUGUUUCAUUGUAUAAUCCAUCAGGAAGUUUUAUGUGGAAAAGCGCUUAAAUUAUCCGAUACAAUGAAAACUGUAACCAAAAUUACAAAUAUUAUUAGAGGCGGUAACAGAUCCCUUUCCCAUCGUAAAUUUCAAAUAUUUUUAGACGAAUUUAAUGCUAGUUAUCCAGAUCUGUUAAUGCAUUCCGAAAUUAGAUGGCUAAUUGCAGGAAAAUGUUUGCAACGUUUUUUUGCGCUUCGGAAAGAAAUUCCAAACUUUUUGGAACGUUAUGUUCUAAAAGACUCAUUAGAGUUGCAAAAUAAAUUCAAAAGUACCGAUUUUCUAAAAAAAUUAGCUUUUUUAACAGCUAUGACUAAUCAUUUAAAUAUUUUAAAUUUACAACUUCAAAAGUGCAAUCAAACAAUUUCUGAUUUAAUAAGCAAUAUUAAUGGAUUUCGCAAUAAAAUAAAUCUAUUUUUAAUUGAAAUAUCUAAGAACGAAUUACACCAUUUUCCUUGUUGUGAAAAAAUUAUAAAAGAUCUAGAAUCGAAUUCUCUUUUGUCUUAGGUAGUUUGUUUCUUCAAUUAAGUGUGUCAUAUAAAGAUUUAUAAAAUCUGCUUUUGGUUCAGUUUUUGUUAUCUACAUGGCUGCUAAUAUAAUAUUUUGAAAACAAAUUUUCGGUGGUAGUUCGUUUAUUAAUAUCUGCAUUAGCCAAAAACUUCUUUUAGAAUUAUGAAACUCUGGUGCGCUAUCUAUAUUGCAAAUGAAAAUCAAUGAUCCUGGAACGUUCGUCUCUAUAUUUGUAUACAAAUCGCUAUCGUACACGUCACGAAUAACAAUGUCUUCACUAUUGUUCACACUUUUCACAUUUCUCAUAUUUCCAAGAGACAUCUCUGAAUUUCUUUUCUAUUUCAUAGCUGUUGAAUAUGACAUUCUAUAUCUAUUGUAACAAAAGAAUUACCAUUAUUUGUAUUUAAAAUAUAUUGUUUACUGUGCACGCAAAACAGGUAGAUUUUAUUGUGCCCAUAUUAUUGCGAAAGGGAAAGGUUGAUAAUUCUUAUUGCAAGACGUACAGUAAUAAUGUAAAGCAAUUUUUUCUUUCGGCGGAUUGUAUAAUUUCGACAGCAUGUACUGACUAACAUUCCAUUAUUCAAAUUUUGGCCUAAUCUUUUUAUGAGUGCAAUAAGAGCUCUUUUUCCUUCUAUAGUCACAUUAAACUACAAACAAUAACUGACUAUCAUUAGUAAUGCAUUUGACACUGUUAGGCCAGCCUUAUAAAACAUGAUAAGAUUGUUAUCAUGAUUUAAAUUGUCUUCGUAUUCGUCGUCACUAUAUCUUCCAUCGCUAUGAAUGGUAUCGUCGAAUGUUUUCUUUGCUACUUUUAACAUCUUGUGUACUCUAUAUAUAAAUUUAUUUAUUACAGCUACUGUUGAAUAUGCGUCCUUUAACUCAUAUUUUUGUUUAUCAUUAAAUAUGAUGUUGUCUGUAAACAAAAAGUGGACAAAAAGUAUUGAAAUAAUUUUAGUAAUUUACAAAACUUGGACAAAAUAAUUUAAACACCUACUCUGACUCCGAAAUAUAGGCGUAAUUCAAGAGAGUAACUUUGUCAAAAACG